AUGACGCUGACGACAAUGAGCACGCCAGGCUCCCCGGGGAUCGGCGUCCCGCUGCCCGAGCACGUCGCGGCAGCGCAGGUCCGCAAACUGCAGCAGCUGGAGCGCUCCGUGCUGCUGCGCGCCGAGGCCGAGGCGCGCCAGCGCGAGAAGGAGGAGAAGGUCCGUGAGCGCGAGCGCAUCGUCGAGGAGGAGCGCCGCCGGAAGCGCGAGGCGGAGGAGCGCAAGCGACUCGAGAUGGAGCAGCGUCGCGAGCAGGCCCGCCGUGUCGCCGAGAUCCAGCAGCAGCGCACCGUCGAGGAGUACACCCGGCGGCUGCACGACGUCGAGGACCGCAUGCGCCAGCGCGAGCGCGAGGAGCAGCGCGCCGCGGCGCGCGCGCGUGCGGCUGCGCGGCGCAAGGAGGCGCAACGAAGCGCCGCGAAGGCGCAGGCGGAGGCGCUGAUGGAGCGGCGGCGCCAGGAGCUCAAGGAGCGCGAGGAGCAGGUCGAGGCGGUGCUCCGGGAGCGGCAGGAAGAGGAGGAGAGGGCGGCGCACCGCAAGUUGGCACAGCGCCAGGCUGAGGAGGAGAUGCGACGCCAGCGGAAGCUGCGGGCGGAGGCCGCCGCGGAGGCGCGGUGCCGGGAGCUUCAGGCGCAGCUGGACGCGCAGACGGAGCGCGCAGCGAUGCUGCAGCGCGAGGCGGAGGAGUUGACGCAGCGUCGGGCGCAGCAGUCGCAGGUGCGGUUUUCGACGAUCCAGGAGUCGGCGCGCCGCGCGGAGCUGCAGCAGGCGGCGCGGCGGCGCGAGCUGGAGCGGCGGUACCACGACAAGAUGCAGCGCGUGGACAUGAUCAAGGCGGAGCGGGAGGCCGCGCUCGAACAGGUCCGCGAGACCAGGCAGUCGCUCGCGCGCGCCGAGCAGGAGCUGCGCCAGAAAGUCGAGCGCCUCGACCGCGCCGCCGGCGCCGCGAACGUCGUCAAGGAGGUGCGCAAGACAAUCGAGUCUCUGGAGCUCAGCUCGAACUCCAUCCACACCCCGCGCCGCCGCCCCGUCACCGCGCGUUCCGCGGCGCGCGCCUCGGUCUCCCCGGGCGUGCAGCGGCCGUGGUCGGCGGCCCCCGCGAGCGCUCGCAUGCGGUCGGUGGGAACGUCGCCGGGGCGCGACGGCGCCGCGAAGGUCGCGGUGCCGUCGUACGCGGAGAUCCAGAAGCAGCAGGAGCAGGAGGUGCGGCAGCAGAUUCAGAUUCAGCGCAAGCGCAGCGCGGGCAAGCUGCAGGUGGGCGCGGGCGCGGGCGCGCGUCCGGCGAGCGCUGGGCGGCCGGCGCCGCCGCCGCAGAUGCCGCAGCGGGAGCGCGAGCUGCAGAAGAUGAUCGACGAGGAGCGGGCGAAGGAGGACGAGCGGACCGCGAUGCUGGCGACGGUGACGGACCCACGGGAGCGUGCACGCCUGAUGCAGAUCUUCCAGCUGGAGCGGCAGGCGGCGGUGGAGCGCAUCGUGAACCUGACGAACGAGAUCACGGGCGGUACCUUCGCGCCGUGA